AUGUCUCUAUUACCUGUUACCAAAGAGAUCCCGAUAUAUUUCCUUAAAACAAAAUCAAUUCCUCAUGAUGGCUACGAGGAGUACUUUUCGCCGUCCAAAGGCUUCAAGCCGUGUUUUAUCCCGGUCUUGGAACACAAAUUCAACCACAAUAACCUACAAAAGGUGAAAGACUUGAUCCUCUCGGGUGCCGUGGCUAAACAGUAUGGCGGAAUAAUAUUCACUAGCCAGAGAGCAGUUGAAGGAUUCUCUCGGAUGGUACAGGAUGAGGUAGGGAAAAACCACACCGUAACCCUCUCUCACUCUCUGUCGUUUUACUCCGUGGGCCCAGCAACAUAUAGGUCUCUCAAGUCACUGUGCGAUGUCUACUUCCCACAUUCGCAGGUUAUGGGCGAAGAGGCAGGCACUGGAGAGAAGCUAUCUGGCUUAAUUCUCGCCCAUUAUAACGGUCUACAGCGGAAUACAUCAGAUGAAAAUGGGCCUUCGGGAGGUAUAAGGGAAAAGCUACCUCUUCUUUUCCUUGUUGGCGAACAGCAUCGUGAUAUAAUACCGAAGACACUCAUGUCGCCGUCUCUAGACGAAGAAGAGCGCAUCGGAGUUGCUACGAUGGUUGUCUAUGAGACCGGAGUCAUGGAGAGCUUUGGGCAGGAUUUUGUAGCAGCUCUCGAGAUGAAGGAACGGGCUGAUAAUGCCAAUAUAUCUGCGGGAAAUACCAGUCCGCAUAAACAGUUAAUAUGGAUUGUGGUAUUCUCACCUUCAGGGUGUAAGGUAAUGCUGCAACAUUUAGGACUCCUAGAGGAAGAUCAACCAGAAGAACAUACGUCUUCAGUACAGGCCCCUGGAAAGAAGAGGACACCGAGCAGGUGGUCAAGGUUUGACUAUCGAAUUGCAACCAUUGGGCCGACUACGAGGGACCAUUUGGUCUCCAAUUUUGGGGUCCAACCGGACGUAUGUGCUGAGAAGCCUUCCCCUGGCGGUCUGUGGGAGGGAAUUGAACCUGUCAUAGAAGAGUGGAAAAGGUCUAGAGAGCAAGACAGAUGA